UUUUACUGCAGCUGCAGUUUGUUUCUGAAGUCCGGUAAACUUUUACUGCUAACCUGUUGUUAUUUUUUAAAUGCCAGUUUGUAGUUAAAGGUUUGUGGUUUUUUAAUAAUUUUUGAAUUAAGAAAUUUUAAAAAUGUCUUCAGAUGCAUUGGAUGCUUUGACAAAUCAGUUAUCGAAUACAAAAAUGCAAGGAGAAGGAGUGAGUUUUGUAGGGAAGUCACUAAAACUGAACAAUGCAAAUGAUGCGAAAGUUGUAACAGAAGCCAUAGCAGCAUGCAAGAACUUGGAGUAUCUCAAUUUAGAAGGAAAUACCCUAGGUGUGGAGGCAGCAAAAGCAAUAGGGGUUGCUCUUGGAUCCCAUCCAGAGCUAAAGCGAGCACUUUGGAAAGACAUGUUUACUGGCAGGAUGAAGGAUGAGAUUCCCCAAGCUUUGCGAUACCUAGGUAGCGGACUAGAUGUGGCUGGUGCUCGCCUGGUAGAGUUAGACCUCAGUGACAAUGCUUUUGGACCCAUUGGUAUGGAAGGACUGGCAUCUUUGCUGCAGAGUCCAUGCUGUCAUACUCUACAGAUACUUCGCCUCAACAACAACGGCCUCGGUAUCACUGGAGCUAAGUUACUAUCAAGGGCACUAAUGAAAUGUUAUGAAAAUAGCAAGAUCACAGGGAAUCCAUUACCAUUGAGAGUAUUUAUUGCAGGACGAAACAGACUUGAAAAUGAAGGGAUUACUGCUCUAUCAAAAGUGUUCAAGGAGUUAGGAAGUUUAGAAGAAAUUCAAAUACCACAGAAUGGAAUCUACCAUACCGGCAUCAAACAGUUGAGUGAAGCCUUGAAAUGCAACCCUGGGUUGCGAGUGCUUAACUUGAAUGACAAUACUCUGGGGCCUAAGGGUAGCACAGCGCUGGCGAUGGCACUACCAAAUCUGCAGCUGCUCAGGCACAUCAACCUCGGGGACUGUCUCUUGAAGACAGCAGGUGCAUUGAGUCUUGCUGGAGGAUUGCAGCUCAAACAUCCGAAUCUGGAGGAAUUGUUUUUAGACCAAAAUGAAAUUAAGAAGAGCGGAGGAUUAGCAGUUGUGCAAUCAAUAGAAAACAAAUCUAAACUAAAAACAUUGCAACUGAAUGGUAACAUGUUUGGAGAAGAUGGAAUCGAGAUGAUCAAAUCGGAAAUGAAAAAAACAAGACAGCCAGGAGCGUUAGGAACUUUUAGUGAUGAUGAAGGGGAUGAUGAAUCGGAAGGAGACGAAGACGAAGAAAACGAAGAUAAUGAAGAGGAGAGUGAAAAAGAAGAGAGUUAUGUACAUGAAGAAUGUGAAAAAGAACAAAGUGUUGAUCCUAAUCUUUCUUCUGUGGAAAAAGCAAUGAUGAAUUUGUUGAAGAAGGUGACGGCUGCAGAUUUUCUACAGUUCCCAACUCCAGAGAGAUUCUUAGCUUUAGAAGGAAACAAGUGUCAACUAAUACUUGAUGAAAUUAAGGUAAAUUUUACUUUUUAUUUAGAUUAUUUUAAGUACUAUAAUAGGAUCUUGAUAGGGUUAUAA